GGGCCUGACCAGUGGGUCAGUGACCAUCCUCUUUUUCUUUCCUUCAACGGCAAAGCUGCAGCGUAGCAGCGCCUCGACUGGCUGAUAGCCGAAAACCUGCGGCGGCCUCUCACCGUUGCUCGAACAAUUCUACGUCGGAGUUGUUGAAUCUCUUACAUAUUCACCAUCAUUUCGUUUGCUCCUUCCAAUCAUUCUCUACAUAUACGUAUACUAUCUAUACAUAUAUAUUUCACGGAUAGAAGGAUGGUGCAAGGUGGGUACGGUAAGCGGAAGGUCUCCGAGAAGAGCAGCCGCCGACCGAAGUCUUUGGGUGCGGAGAAGAAGCCCAAGCCCAAGUCAAAGGCAAUUUCCCUCAAGAAUCAAAUUCGAUCUAUCGAGCGCAUGCUACGCAAAGACCUGCCUCCUGAAAUCAGAACAGCGCAGGAAAAAAAGUUAGAAGAAUUCAAGAAGCAGCAAGACAUUCACAUUCGUUUAGCUGUUGAACGGAAACAAUUCAUUCGAAACAAAAAGAUCAAGUUUUUUGAUAGAAGAAAGAUUGAAAGGCGAAUAAGAAGGUUAGAAAAACAACAGCGCACUUGUUCUGGUCAGGUACAAGAAACACAAAUUGCUGAGCAACUUGCUAGGCUGAAGGAAGACCUUGAAUAUGUUAAGCAGUUCUUUCCUAAAACCGAGAAGUAUGUAUCCUUGUUCACUGGAGGUGAGGAUGAAGGGAUUGUUGAAAAGCGAAAAGAAUUGCGCAAACAGAUUAAGGCAAACUUAGUUGCUGCUGCUGCAAGUGGCAAGGAUUUGGAAGAGACAGGGAGUGAAGAUGAUGGGCUUCUGGAUCUAAGUGAUGAUGAUUUCUUUGUGAGUGGAAGCUCAAGCGAUGAAGCUGAUGCUGACGACGAAUGGACUGAUAAGAGUGCUAGGGAACAUGCAUCUAGCGCCUCAGGUAAAGCUGCAUCGGGCAUGUCCAGUGAUGAAAGGAAUCAGAGGGAGAUCUCUGCCCGCUCUUUAAUGCCUCCUCCUCGGCCAUCUAGCAAAUCCUUUUCUGGUUCAGUCCACAAGAAAUCAAGAUUUGGAGGAUCUUUGAGUAGUAAAAAACCAUCAUCCUUCAGGGGACGUGAACUGUCAUCGUCUAGCAACACGUCAGAUAGCAUCAAUAGGUCUGCCUUCAGAAAAGGACAUUCCUUGGAUUCACUUGCAGGCAACAGUGGAAAUCAAAGCUCAAACUCUGAUGCACGUAGACCACGAAGAAAGAGGAGGCCUAAAAAGAAAAAGCAACAACCCUAACCAUCCUCUUUACCUGCAAUAUUGUUCAUUACCAAAGUCUUGGGGGCUUUUUGGGAACAAAAAAACAUUUACUACGUAGUACUUUUAGAUUCAGUAUAUUGUGCUACACUGUUUCUAAUGUACCGUUUUCCUGGUUCAGUGGGAGCAACUGUUUCACCAUCAGGCAUCAGCAACUAAUUGUAGUUAUGCAGAUUACAAUGCCUUGCAAAUGCAUUUUGCUGUAUACUCAGUAGAUAUGCGUAGAUCAUGUAUUCUUGUUCUUUUUAUUUGUGAAGGAAAAUGUCAUGGUAUAGGGCAGUUGGGGCCUUGGGGGAGCUCCCACACCAUGUUAUUGUAUAAUUAAAAGCUGUUCGGUGAAUGCGUGCUUCUACAUCCAUGCUAGAGACAUUGUUAGACGCAUAUGUUGGCAAAUGGUUGAAACUUCG